GGUCGGAGUGCUUUACGACAGCGCCGGCGCUUUCCGGCCGAUGCCGAUGUGUCGAGGAGGUGGGGUCUAAGGUGCACAGUCUCGGGGCUCCAUCUGCUCUGCCGGGCGUCCAGGUCCACUUUCCUCGGCGGAGGGAUGGCGGCGCGUGCCCCGUCUGCGCGGGCCCCGCCCGGCUCAGAUAAAGUGCAAAAGGACAAGGCCAACCAGACCUCAGGACCCAGGCAGGGCAGCCUAAUGGGGAAACUCCUAGGUUUUGAAUGGACAGACUUGUCCAGCUGGCAGAGGCUGGUGACCCUGCUUAAUCGACCCACGGAUCCGGCAAACCUAGCUGUCUUUCGUUUUCUCUUUGCUUUCUUGAUGGUACUGGACAUCCCCCAGGAGCGAGGGCUCAGCAACUUGGACCGGAAAUACCUGGAUGGACUGGAUGUCUGCCGCUUCCCUUUGCUGGAUGCCCUGCGCCCACUGCCGCUUGACUGGAUGUAUCUUGUCUACACCAUCAUGUUUCUGGGGGCACUGGGCAUGAUGCUGGGCCUGUGCUACCGGCUGAGCUGUUUGCUAUUCCUGCUGCCGUACUGGUAUGUCUUCCUCCUGGACAAGACGUCGUGGAACAACCACUCCUAUCUUUAUGGUUUGUUGGCCUUUCAGCUGACAUUCAUGGAUGCAAACCGCUACUGGUCCAUCGAUGGCCUGCUGUGUCCCCGCAAGAGGAAUGCACAUGUGCCUCUCUGGAACUACACGAUGCUGCGGGGCCAGAUCUUCAUCGUGUACUUCAUUGCGGGUGUGAAAAAGCUGGAUGCCGACUGGGUGGAGGGCUACUCCAUGGAGCACCUGUCCCGCCACUGGCUCUUCAACCCCUUCAAACUGGUGUUGUCCGAGGAACUGACUAGCCUGCUGGUGGUGCACUGGUGUGGGCUGCUGCUUGACCUCUCCGCUGGCUUCCUGCUCUUCUUUGAUGCCUCAAGACCCAUUGGCUUCUUCUUCGUGUCCUAUUUCCACUGCAUGAACUCCCAGCUCUUCAGCAUCGGUAUGUUCCCCUAUGUCAUGCUGGCCAGCAGUCCUCUCUUCUGCUCCCCCGAGUGGCCUCGGAAGCUGGUCUCCCACUGUCCCACAAGGCUUCAAGAGCUGCUGCCGCUCACGACUGCCCCUCAGCCCAGCGCCUCCUGUGUGUAUAGAAGGAGCCGGGCCAAAGGCAGCCAGAAGCCAAGGCUGCGCCACCGGCUGGCCGCUGCCUUCACCUUGCUCUACCUCCUGGAGCAGCUCUUCCUGCCCUAUUCCCACUUCCUCACGCAGGGCUAUAACAACUGGACCAACGGGCUGUAUGGCUACUCCUGGGACAUGAUGGUGCACUCACGCUCCCACCAGCACGUGAAGAUCACCUACCGUGACGGCCUGACUGGCGAGCUGGGCUACCUCAACCCUGGGGUAUUCACACAGAGCCGGCGAUGGAAGGAUCACGCAGACAUGCUGAAGCAGUAUGCCACUUGCCUGAGCCGCCUGCUUCCCAAGUACAAUGUCACUGAGCCCCAGAUCUACUUUGAUAUUUGGGUCUCCAUCAAUGACCGCUUCCAGCAGAGGCUUUUUGACCCUCGUGUGGACAUCGUGCAGGCCGUCUGGUCCCCUUUCCAGCGAACGCCUUGGGUGCAGCCACUCUUGAUGGACUUAUCCCCUUGGAGGACCAAGUUACAGGAAAUCAAGAGCAGCCUAGACAACCAUACUGAGGUGGUCUUCAUUGCAGAUUUCCCUGGGCUUCACUUGGAGAAUUUUGUGAGUGAGGACCUGGGCAACACUAGCAUCCAGUUGCUGCAGGGGGAGGUAACUGUGGAGUUGGUGGCCGAACAGAAGAACCAGACACUCCGGGAGGGAGAAAAAAUGCAGUUGCCUGCUGGUGAGUACCAUAAGGUGUACACUGUGUCACCUACUCCGUCCUGCUACAUGUACAUCUAUGUCAACACUACAGAGCUUGCCCUGGAGCAAGACUUGGCACAUCUGCAAGAAUUAAAGGAGAAGGUGGAGAGUGGAAGAGAGACGGGGCCUCUACCUCCAGAGCUGCAGUUUCUCUUGGAAGGGGAAGUAAAAGGGGGUCCUGAGCCAACACCUCUGGUUCAGACCUUUCUUAAACGCCAGCAAAGGCUCCAGGAACUUGAACGGCGGCGAAAUGCCCCUCUCCAUGAGCGGUUCUGGCGCUUCUUGCUGCGAAAGCUGUAUGUCUUUCGCCGAAGCUUCCUGAUGACUCGUAUAUCACUUCGAAAUCUGGUAUUAGGACGUCCUUCUCUGGAACAGCUAGCCCAAGAGGUGACUUAUGCCAACUUACGACCUUUUGAGCCAGCAGAAGACUUAAGAAACUCUCUCAACCCUCACCCUCCCAAGUCAGAUUCCGACCUGACCCACUUAGAGUUGUGAGGGGCCCAGAUAGGUGCAGAUGUGACACGCUGAGUGUCAUGUCAUUGGCUGCAAUGGACAUUUGAGAAAAUUAGCUAAGAUUUCUUUUUUACAUUUUUUUCUUUCAAAGUACUUUUUAAAUUGAGAUGAUAGUGUAGAGGAGCCAAGGAAAUAAAGCAAAAAAAGGUUUUUCAAUUCAAGAUUGAGGAACCAGGGCCAGGGAUGUAGUUCUGUGGCAUGAGCACCUGCCUGGCAAACUCAAGAUUGUGAGUUCAAUUCCUGGUACCAAAAAAAAAAAAAAAAAUUGAGGAACCAUAAGGAACUUUAGAAGCAAUGUGAGAUAUUUUCUUAGGACAAAGGGAUAAAAGUUUAAAUUGAACAGCUCUUCAGGGAAAAGAAGAGCAUUCUACUUCCCCUUCCAAGAGAAACUGCAGCUCUGGAGGUAGAGGCCCUGUCUCUGCCGGAAGACAGGAAAAAGAAUCACUGAGAUGCAGCCCAUCUCCCUUAGAAGCAUUUGUUCUCAAAUGCUUGCUGAGUAGUAGUAUGCCUCUUACCACUUUUUUUUGAGACAUGCUGUUGCUAUGUAGUUUAUGCUGGUCUUGAACACCCUGUGUAGACCAGGCUGGCCCUGAACUCUCAGUGAUCCUCCUUUCUUGGCCUCCUCCUGGGUGUUGGGAUUACAAUCAUGUCGUCAUGCUUGCUACCAUAUUUAACUAGUGACAGCCAGUAAGUCUGUUUACACUUGGAGAAACUAAGACUGAGAGACACAAUAAUUUGCCCACACAUCAAGCUAGUAAGGGGUGGAUUGAAGAUUUGUACUUAGGUCUGUUUGACUUAAGGCCCAGCAACACGUUGCCAAUAAUUUUCAGAAUUGAUGGCAGCAAGUCUGAAAUAAUACAGCUUAAAACUUAAUAAGAUGAGGCAGGACGAUCACAAGUUCAAACCUAGCCUGAGCAAUUUAGUGACUGGAUGAACCCCUCUCAAGAAAAAGAGCUGGGCACAAGGCUCAGUGCAAUCCCUAGCACCCCCUCCCAAACCUCAAAGUUUCAACACAGGUAAUGUUUAAGAUAGAGAUCUGGUUCUAAAUGCACAAGACAAUUCUACCAACACCA